AUGGCCUCCGGGCCGCCCUCGCCGUCCGGCAAACCCUACUCCCGCAAAUCUCACGCCCGCUCCAAGGCUCCCAGCGUCCCCUCCUUCGACGCCCACAACGGCCCGCUCCUCCCCACCGUCACCUUCUCGCUGCCCUCCACGACCGCCUCCCGCCUGGAGCUGCGCCGCCGCCUCUCCGCCGAGCUCUCCCAGGUGCGCGCCGCCGCCAAGCGCCUCAACUCCCUCCCGGCUCCCGCCCCCUCCUCGGCGCUCUCCGCCACCGACCCCUCCACGCCGCUCCCGCCGCAUCCGCCGGCGUCCAAGCACAAGUCCAAGAAGGGCGGGGGAGCCCCGCACCCGCACCCGCACCCGCACCUCUCGGCGGAGGCGCGGCGCAAGCUUUACGCGCCCGUGUUCAAGACCUGCUCCGCGCUGCUCCAGAGGCUGAUGAAGCACAAGCACAGCUGGGUGUUCAACAAGCCGGUAGACGCGAGCGCGCUUGGCCUGCACGACUACCAUACAAUCAUCACCAAGCCCAUGGACCUCGGCACAGUCAAGUCAAAGCUAGGGGCCGGACAGUACAAGUCACCUCGGGAAUUCGCAGGUGAUGUGCGUCUGACGUUCCAGAAUGCCAUGACGUACAACCCCAAGGGGCAGGACGUGCACUUCAUGGCCGAGCAGCUGCUGAACAUGUUUGAGGAGAAGUGGCCGGAGAUUGAGGCUGAGGUAGCUCAGCUAUCACCACAGCCUCCAACACCAUCCUCAGCGGCACCCAGGAAGUCAAAGGAGAUAGAUAAUUCUAGGGUAUUAGAGAGGUCGGAUUCCACAGUUCAUGCUGCUGGGAUGGAGGCUACCCAGAAGACACACACUGGCAGACCCCCAGUUUUAAAGAAGCCCAAGGCAAGGGAGCCCAAUAAGAGGGAUAUGACAUUCUGGGAGAAGCAGCGGCUUAGCAAUAACCUCCAGGAUUUGCCACCGGAGAAGCUAGACAAUGUUGUUCAGAUCAUAAAGAAGAGGAACUUGUCACUCAGCCAGCAUGACGAUGAGAUUGAGGUUGAUAUCGAUAGCUUUGAUGUUGAAACAUUAUGGGAGCUUGAUAGAUUUGUGACAAACUAUAGGAAGAGUAUAACUAAGAAUAAGCGGAAGGCUGAGCUUGAGCUUUCUGCGGUAAGGCCGGAUGAAGCUGAUCCUGAUCAGGAGCCAGAGAAGGUAGAACAUGUGAGGCAGGACGAGCCAGAUCAGGAUCAAAUUCCUGCAGUACAAGAGCCGAUUCCUGAACCAGAAGCAGUCGAUGUUGAGCUACCUAAGGAAAAUGCAGCAGAUGACAAUGAGAGAUUUGUGGGUGAAUCAUCACCUGGUCAUUUGGAAGAUCAGAAGGGAGAGAAUGCUGGUAGAUCAAGUAGUUCUGGAAGCUCUAGCAGUGACUCGGGGUCAUCCUCUAGUGAUACGGACUCAGAUAGUUCAUCAGCAGAUGGUUCUGAUGCUGGCAUGCUGCACAAUCACCGAGAACGUAGCAUCUAUAGGCCAGGGCACAUGAAAGAAUAG